AUGGAAGAACUACAAAAUUUUAAUUUUACUCACUUAUAUGAAAAACUAAAAAUGAGUGACAACGAUUUCGAUGCAUGGCUAGAAGAACUGGGACUUCUUCACGCAAAGAAAACAUGUAAACAGUGCGGGGGUAGAACAACACUUAAAGUCGAAAAUCGUCAUUGUAGAUAUACAGCUUGGCGCUGCACAACUAAAAAUUGUCGAGUAUCUUCGGGUUAUUUGUGUGGGACAUUCUUCGAGCGGAGACAUUUAACAACAAAACAAGUAUUUGAACUAGCUUAUUAUUGGGCUCAACAGUUUGGGACAAUUAAAGAAAUUGGAUUUCAAACUAAAAUUAGUCAGUCUGCAAUAAUUGGAAUGUUUGACAAAUUUCGGGAUGUUUGUGUAAAAUAUUUAGAAGAAAAUCCAAUUAAAAUUGAAGAAGGUAUUAUUGAUAGAAAACCAGACAACAGACGAAGGGAUAAUUACAAAUAUCAACAAGAACUUAUUUGGCGGACUCAAUUUGGUGAUAUUCGUAAUGUUUUCUAUUAUUUGUGGAAACAAAUUUCAAUAUUUUAUCCUUGUGAACGAAACGAAUAA